CUGUGAAUGCACUGACGGCCCCAGCUCGGGCCAGAGCUCGCCUCGCAAGCAACACUCCAUCACCACCACCUCGGUCCUCCCGCGAACACCAUCAAACCGCACCGACCGCAUUCCAACUCCCCACUCAUUCAAAAUGGCGCCCAUGGACUACCGGAACAAGGUGCCCGAGCACCAGAAGGCGUACCAGAAGGCGUACAAGGCGCACACACGCAUCUGGAGGAUCAACCCUCGCAGCGGGAUGAUGUUGACUCCCUUCACCAUCGUCUUGUGGGGAACCACCGCCGCGACCAUGUACGCCAUGGGACGCAGGAUCUUUGGCCACAACACCUGGUUCAGCGACUAAGCUCGAGCCGUUGGUUCGGACAGUUAAGGGGGGGUUGAGUUCAGGCUUGUAUAGUUAUGCAGAGCAAGGGCCGGGAAAUAGAAGCGGCAACGGCGCCGGCGUGGAAGCAUUCACUACAAACCUGAAGAAAUCGAGGUCCGCCCGACCGUGUUUUCUAUGUGCAGUG